CAAAAACAACACACGUGGACAUAGGCUAGGCUAGGGAUCGAAAACCGAAGGCAGAAGAAAAAACAUACACCAAAAACUGGGAAUCCCGGACUGGAACGAACUGGAGCCCGUUUCAUGGUCGAAUACAAGGUCUUGUAUAUAACUCGGAAACACUCUGCCAUUCGUGACUUCCUGUUAAACUAAGGUUUUAAUUUGUCAUGGCAAGCGAAGAUAAUCAAGCAACAGCCUCUACUAACGGGGGAAGGGAGGAACUGAUCGCCUUGUUCGACCGGCUGGGAAUCGCUCACGAGACCACCGAGCAUCCAGAGGUUUUCACUGUUGAGGCCAUGAUGCCACAUAUUCAACAUUUGACGGGGGCAUUCUGUAAGAACCUCUUCCUAAAGGACAAGAAGAAAAAGCUUUACCUCCUCACUGCUCACCAUGAUAGACCUAUUCAGCUCAACGCAGUAAGCAAGAAAGUAGGUGCAUCGGGUGGGCUUCGACUUGCUGAUGAGUCUAUACUCAAGGAGAAGUUGGGCGUGACCCAAGGUUGUGUCACACCCUAUGCCAUCUUCAAUGACACAGCAGGAGACGUAAAGUUCAUAUUGGACUCUGAUGUAGUCAACGGUGGUCAUGAGAAGUUAUUUGGUCAUCCGAUGGUGAAUACAGCCUCCACCGCAAUCUCGCCAGCGGACCUGAUGAAGUUUGCAAAGGAGAUGGGGCAUGAACCCAUCUUACUUGACUUCAGUGACAUGUAAUACCAUUGCCAACUUGAAAUUAGGAACGCCUAGAUUGUUGGAGUAAAACUCAAACAAUCAAUGCAUUCGAUCAGUUUACCUACAAUCGACAAUGGAAUCCUACUUUUUACACUAAUCAAAUGUUUGCCGGAUGUUGAUUACUUAUUUGAGACAUUGAUUAUCAAGAGUAGCUCUUAAAUGCCUAGUUGCGUGUGGUAUAAAAGGCAUGACCGCAUUGGUCAGAUCAUGCCAAGAGAACGCGCACAACUGUCUUGAUCAAUAAAAUUUCGCGCAGCAUAUAGUGUACGCGUCAACAUUUAAGCACGACUGUAAGUGUAAGUCAUACUUGAAUCUGUGUGAAACACCCCUGGUACAUAAACAUAAACUUUGUGACAUUAUGAGAUCUUAGCUGAAAACUGACAAUACUUAUAGUAUGAUCACUAACACAGAAAAAAAACAUUCAUGUAAUGUACAUGUAUGUGGGACAGUGAAUUAACAUUCCUUGGGAAAAUACCAAAUGCCCAACGACUGGAAAAAAGACUAUCGUGAAAGGUAGCAGCUACCUGCUACCAAAUGCCCAACGACUGGAAAAAAGACUAUCGUGAAAGGUAGCAGCUAA